AUGAUUGGCCUGGACCAAAGUCGGAUGGCAACUCAUGGCGCCGCCUGCAUCUACGCCUGCACACCUGUCACAGAUCCUGCUGCCGAAAAGUUCGCCAAAGCCCUCUCUACCUCCCACCCGAACACAAAGAUAAUUCCCUAUCCCCUGCAUGUUUCAGACGAACCCUCCACUUUGGGCCUCAUAGAUGAUAUCCUCAAUGCUUGGGGCCGUCUCGAUGUCUGGGUCUGCAGCUCCGGCCUUCUCGGUCCGCCUUCAAUUGACCUCACCACGCCGGCCGACCUGCAAAAACUCUUUGAGGCGAAUUCUGUUGCCCCUUUCUUCGCUUUGAAAUAUACACCGCCAGCAAUGAAGAAGCUCUGUAGUCGAGGGAAUUAUCCCAAUGCAGCGGAGAAAGAUCAGCCAUACGGCAGCAUCAUUGUCGUUGGCAGCGUUGCGGGUACGUAUGGAGGUUGUUGGGGGCCUGGCUACACGAUGAGCAGCCAUGCGGCGCUUGGAGUUGUGAGAGCUGGUGUAGCGGUGUUGAAAGGGACAGGUGUCCGAGUUAAUUGCAUUUCGCCUGGCCAGAUCGAUAUUGGGGUCGAUUUGAACGGGUUUGACAUGAGGGGAAUGAAGGCACAGCUGCCGCCGGCCAGGGCCCAGUCUGAGGACGUUCAACGGGCGAAUAUUGGUCUAGAGCGGGCAGGGCUGCCGACCGAAGUGGCGAGGGUUGCGGGAUUCUUGGCCAGCGGAUUCAGCAGUUACAUGACUGGAGCAAAUAUGGUAGUUGACGGUGGCGCAAGCGUAAUGUGUCCGCUGACAGUGCCUGUAUGA